AUGACUAAAGGGAUAGAGAUAGAGAACCACACAGCUGUAACUGAGUUUUUCUUCUCUGCCUUCCCUGAUUUGGAGAAAGGAGGCCUCUUAUUCUUCAUUCUUCUUCUCCUCAUUUAUGGAUUCAUCAUUACUGGCAACUUGAUGAUCUUUAUUGUCAUUCAGCUAGAUGUAGCACUCCAUACCCCUAUGUAUUUUUUCAUUAGUGUCCUCUCCUUCUUAGAAAUAUGGUACACUACAACUACCAUCCCCAAGAUGCUCACCAACCUGAUCAGUCUGCAGAAGACCAUCUCCAUUGCUGGAUGUCUCCUGCAAAUGUAUUUCUUUCAUUCUCUUGGGAUCUCAGAAGGCUGCCUCCUGACUGCAAUGGCCAUAGACAGAUAUGUUGCCAUCUGCAAGCCCCUUCACUACCCAACCAUUGUGACACCUAGAUUGUGUGCCCAGCUCACUGCUGGCUCUUGUCUCUGUGGCUUUCUCCUUGUGCUCCCUGAGAUCGUAUGGAUCUCUACAUUGCCCUUCUGUGGUCCCAACCAGAUUCACCAGAUCUUCUGUGAUUUUACCCCAGUGCUACAUUUGGCCUGCACGGAUACCUCACUCAUAGUCAUUGUGGAUGCCAUCCAUGCUGCAGAAAUCCUGGGCUCCUUCUUGGUCAUUGCCCUAUCCUACAUCCGAAUCAUCUUGGUGAUACUGAGGAUCCCUUCAGCUGAGGGUCGCCACAAGGCUUUCUCUACCUGUGCUGCACAUAUUGCUGUCUUUCUCCUGUUUUUUGGGAGUGUGGCACUCAUGUAUCUACGUUUCUCAGCUACCUAUUCUGUGUUCUGGGAUACAGCCAUAGCAAUCACCUUUGUUGUCCUUGCCCCCUUCCUCAAUCCCAUCAUCUACAGUUUGAGGAACAAAGACAUGAAGGAAGCUAUCAAGAAGUUUCUCUGUUCUCAGAAGUAGAAUGAGAGGA